AUGGCGGACAGAAUCACUCUCGGUCGCUACAUGUGGGAAAGAAUCCACCAAAUCGGCUGCACAUCGAUCUUCGGCGUCCCCGGCGACUUUAACCUCCAAUUCCUCGACUCCAUCUUCCUUACCCCCGGCCUCUCCUGGGUGGGCAAUCAAAACGAGCUCAAUGCCGCCUACGCCGCAGACGGCUAUGCCCGCGUCAAAGGCGUUCCCGGCUGUCUCGUGACUACCCAUGGUGUCGGUGAGCUCUCCGCACUUAAUGGCAUCGCUGGCUCAAUGUCUGAGCACAUACCCAUUAUCCAUGUGGUCGGCCAGACGACCCGCGCGAUGCAGAGCAAUCACAUGAUGAUCCAUCAUUCCAUUGGACAGAAGCCGGACCACCAACUGUAUAACAAAGCGAGUGUGCCGUUGAGAUUUGCGGCGGCGGAGCUGUGGGAUUUGGAGACGGCGCCGGGGGAGAUUGAUAGGGUUAUCAGGGAGUGUGUGGUAAAGAGUGGGCCGGUGUAUAUUUUUCUGCCGCUGGAUUUGAGUGCUGAGAUGGUGGAUGCGAAGUUGCUUGAUACUCCGAUUGAUUUGAAGCCAACUACUGACGAGAAGAAACAGGCGGAGGCUGUGGAUGCCAUAUCAAAGGCUCUCGCAGAGGCAAAGCAUCCGAUACUGUUGGUCGACGUGCUCACGAGGAGGUUUCGUGCUGUGGAGGAGACCAGACAGCUGGCGAGGAGGUUGGGGGUUCCAAUUUUCGCGUCGAAUAUGGGGAAGGGGAUUGUGGAUGAGACGGAGGAGAUGUACGGCGGCGUGUGGAUGGGCCAGGUGAGCAGCCCUGGUGUGCUCGACGAAGUCAAGAAGGCGGAUCUGGUCAUCACAUUGGGGUACCUCCCCGCGGACACGAAUUCCGGUGGUUUCUCACGGAAGCUGGACGAAGCAACCACCAUCCGAAUAGACCCACACGAAGCCACCGUCAAGGGAAAGAACUAUUCGGAAAUCGCUAUGAAGACUCUUCUCGACUCCCUCCUUGAAGCGCUUCCCGAAAAACCCCAACACGCCAUCUCAAAGCCGCACCUCCCCGCUCCACGCGUCCCAAACGAUAACGACAAAACCAACCUCACGCAGUCCUACAUCUGGUCAAACAUAUCCACCUAUCUCUCCGCGGGCGAUAUAAUCCUUGGCGAAACAGGCACCUCCAACUUUGGCAUCUACGAUAUCCUCUUUCCUUCCCAUCUCCAAUACGAAGCGCAAAUCUACUACGGUAGCAUUGGCUGGGCGGCCGCUGCUACGUUCGGAGCGGACGUCGCGCACCGCGAGCUCCUCACUUCUAGCUCACACAGGAAGGAUAAGGGGCGAACAGUCCUGUUCACCGGCGACGGCAGUCUCGCGUUGACGAUCCAGGAAAUCGGGUCCAUGGUCAAGCACAAGAGCACGUGCGUGGUCUUCGUCAUCAACAACGAGGGAUACACUGUCGAACGCAUGAUCUGGGGCGCGAGACAGAUCUACAACGACAUUGUACCAACAUCCUACAAGCACCUGCUCCCGCUAUACAACCAUCCCGAUCCCACAAAUUCGUACCAUCGGGUUACCACGAAAGCAGAGUUCGAUCAAGUGCUGAAGAAGCCGCAGAUAGUGAAUCCGGAGAAUGUGCAGCUGGUGGAAUUGGUUGUCGAGAAGCUGGACACAAGUUGGCGGCUGGGCGCGCAGUUGGCGGUGCGGGGCGAGGAGGCGAGGAAGUACUUGAAGGAGGAGGGGUUUCAUGAUGCGUAUGGGAAUUGGGGAUUGAGUGAGGAGGCGAUGGGGGGAACUGGGGUGAGUUGGAAGUAA